AUGAUUUUCAAAUCAAAACUUCCCGACAUAGAAAUCCCAUCCGUCGGAGUCUAUCAAUAUGCAACGAGCAAUCCAAAUAAUGUUUCCGAAAGUAAAGUUAUAUUUAUUGACGGAAUAACGGAUAAAAAGAUAACUUUUGGUGAAUUUAAAAGUGAAACUAAGAGCUUUGCCGCAGGCUUAUGCGACAAAGUGGGAUUUAAGCGGGGAGACGUUCUAGCGAUUAUUUCUCCUAACCAGUUUGAUUAUCCUAUAGUAUUAUUUGGUGCAAUUGCUGCUGGUGGCAUAGUGACCCCCGUGAAUCCAACAUAUAAUGUUACUGAAGUAUCAUUUCAACUAUCCAACUCUGGUGCUUCCGUUAUAGUUUCACAUCCUCUCGUUCUUCCUGUCGUCGUUAAAGCUGCCACCGAAGCUCAAAUUCCUCAUUCUAAGAUAUUCAUAUUCGGAGACGAGGAGAUCAAUGGAUUCCAACCGUACAGGGCGUUAUUUGUUGAUCGAGAAUUUGAGCCUGUAACGUACACGCCGGAAGAGUCGAAAAACACCAUUGUAUUCUUAUGUUAUAGUUCGGGCACUACGGGGAAAAGUAAAGGAGUUGAAACCACCCAUACCAACAUGGUCGCAAACGUAUCACAGGUAGUUUCGUUUGAAAAGGAGUUCACUCAAAACAGCGUUCUCAUGGGUAUAUUGGUAUGCUGUCCUUCCAAUAUUAUUUUUCCUAUUGAAAAAGAUUCGUAUCUCAACGAGGGUGUCUCCCUAGUUGUAAUUCCAAAGUUCGACUUGCCAACAUUUUGUCGCGUAGUUCAAGAUUAUAAGGUUGACUACGCCCACCUCGUACCUCCAAUACUGUUACUAUUGGUUAAAAGUCCAGUUGUUAAAAAAUAUGAUUUGUCAAGUUUACGAACGAUAGUUAGCGGUGCUGCCCCCCUUAGCAAAUCAUUGAUGAAUGAUUUAAAUAAAAUAUACAAAGUUACUAUCAGGGAAGGAUAUGGACUCACGGAAACAUCGCCAAUUGUUAGUUUUACUAGAAGUAAUAAUAUUGUUAAAGGCAAAAAUAGUUUCGGAAGAUGGACAAGGCAAUCAAUUUUACCUUAUGAUGUAUAUACAAAUUAUUUUCGUUGUAAUAAUGUCUUCCUUGAUUUAGAAUUGGGGUAUAAUGAACCCGGAGAACUGUGCAUUCGGGGUCCUAACGUAAUGAAGGGAUAUCUAAACAAUAAAGAUGCAACUGACAUUGCAUUUGACAAAGAUGGAUUUUUUCGUACGGGAGAUGUCGCUACUAUGGAUGAACAAGAAAACUUGUACAUUGUCGAUCGAGUCAAGGAGUUAAUAAAAUACAAGGGUUUUCAAGUUCCUCCCGCAGAACUGGAAGAAAUUUUGGUUUCAUACCCAGCAGUGUCGGAUGCCGCUGUAAUUGGUGCUUACUGUGAAGCCGAUGCAACCGAAUACGCUUUGGCCUACGUUGUACUCCAAACCGACUACGAACAAUCACCAGAAUUAAUUAAUAAAAUAAAAGGAUAUGUUUCUGACCGAGUGGCACCUCAUAAAAGGUUAAAGGAUGUGAUAUUUAUUGAUAGAAUACCCAAAAGUGUUUCAGGAAAAAUAUUAAGAAGAGAAUUGAGAGAAAAGGCUAGAGUUGA